AUGGCAAGGGCUGGGUCAUCAGAAGAAAUACUUACAUUAAAAGACAUACAUACACCUGCAUCCUCUAACACUACCGUAACUGAACCUUCGGAUGAAAAUGUUAAGCUGAGCCAAGAAACUGCAUUACCUGAGGUUGCUAAAUCAGGAGGUGGACUUGAAGAUAAGCGGCAACAGUUUUUAAAAUUUCGAAAGCAAUUUAUUCAACAACAGAAUGAGUACAUCGACCGAUAUACCAAAUUGCGUGAGAUGGAGGAAAAGUCUGGCAUGCCCAAUUCGGCCAUCGGAGAGGUGUGCGUGCUGUCCGUCACAGACUGGCCGGCCCAUGACCUGCUGCUCUUGACCAACGACUUAUCCACGGAGCCCUCGACCAAUAUGAUAGGAGUUCUCGGUAUACUAAAGACGUAUAUGUAA